AUGACUAAGGAAAGAUGGACACGUUUGAUAUUAUUAGUAAGAUACCACGAUGAGUCAAAAGACAUGUGCGGUGAGAGGUUCACAUUCAGAUAUUUAAAAAAAAUCCUGCUACAAAUUGGGGACAGACAAACCAAUAAAAAAUUAGCAAAGGACUUUAUAAGCCUCUUCACAAAUGGAAUAUCCAAUGGGAAAGAUGUUCGGCCUAAAGAUGAGGGGAAGGCAGUUAAGGCACCACAAGCUGCCACUCCUACCCGUCUCGUCGGUGAUAAUGAUGCCCCUGCAGCUCUCCGCCCAGGUGUUGACCCUGCAGAAACCUGGAGACCACCCAACGGCCAUCGAGAAGGGAAUGGAUAA